ACUCUGCCCUCAUAUUUAUAAAAAAAAAAAUUUUCCGGCUUCAGUAAACAAUUUUGCAGAGCGAUAUGGAAACAAUAUUAAAUACGCAGUUCGAGCAGCUGCAAAAGGCUAUUGAAGGAAUAAUGGAGGCAAAGAGCAAGGGACAAUCAACGGAUGAGGCUCGCACUGCGGCCACCUUAAUGUUUGUAGCUCUAAAGCACGCCAACCGCGAGGUAAAGCACAAGAUCAAGGCGGGUCGUGAUAAACUACAUCUGGAAAAGUCCAAGGUUGACCUGAGCCGGCUUCAGCUGCAGAAUUUGCUGUACGAAGUAAGCCAUUUGAAGAAAGAAAUAGUGCGUUGCCAGAAGUUCAAGAGUAGGGACACCAAUCUGGAACUCCUGUCGGAGGCCGAAUACGCGAGCAAAUUGCCCAGCUUGGCAAAUGAUAAAAAGCAGUUGUCUGGCCACAAGCAGCACCUUCAUCGUCUGGACUGCGAACUGCGUUUGCGUAAGGAUCUCGACAAGCAGUACAGCGCUUUGCUGACCUCCAAGCAAGAACUGCUCCAAGACAAUAUAAGCCACGCCCAGAGGUACAUAUCAUUCGCCCCUGCCCUUCGCACCUUGCAGGGCGCCACGAAACCGUUGCACGAUGCCCUUCAGCUGUCCCUUGACGUGGAGUGGAAGCUAAGCGCUGUGGUUAAAUACCUGCCAAAGCCCCUUUACAUUUUUUUCAUUAUCCUGCAAUCCCUGCAACGGGCAAGCGAGGAUCAAUCUUUUACUGCCGAGGUAGUAGGUUACGAAAGCGAGGCCCAAAUGCAAGAGUUGCUAAAGGAGAAGAAGUAUGCCACUUUGCAGCACGUGCUAAAUGAUAAGGAACCUGCAUCACCAGAAAAUUCCGCUGAUAAUAGCUUAGAAGAUGCACUUGCUCCACAUCCUUUACACAUUAUGUUGACUAUUGGAGCCGCCGGUUCGAAUCAGCUCAUUUUGCAGAUUCGUUACUUCGAGUUGAUUAAAUGUGCUACUAUGUGGGGGCACUUAAACUUUGCCAGCAAUUCCAAUAGCCAGGGUGAUUCAAACUUUGUCCACCACCUUUUGCGGCAUUUGUACGCCAAUGAUUUGGGCAAUGAAAUACCUAUUCCUGGAAUUCAAUACGAGCUCCGAAACUCAGGUUUAACAGCUGAAGAAUGCGUACGCUACCUAAAGGCCAAAGACUUUGGAAAACCUUUCUGUUGGCUGCAGAGCAUGUGUUCGAUUCCAACCGUAAAUAGAUCACUGCUAUACAAUCACGAACUUAAUUUGAACAAGAAUACACGGGAGAUUAUUGAUCGCAUUGCCAGGCGCUGGAACUCUUGGAUGCGUUUAAGCCAGCAGAUUCGUGGUCUGACAUACAAGGAUAUUGAAUUGUGUACCCUCAAGGAAAACAUAUACCCCGCUGGGCUGUCCUGCAGCCUUGUCCAAUGGACUGCCAUCACACUUGAAGAAUUUCAUUCACAAAUGUCAGACGUAUUGAACAUUUCGUCAGAUGACAAAGGUAUUACAUACAACUCUUACCGCGCUGUUAUCGUCAGGGGAUCCGCCAAAAUGGAGUGCUUUAUCAGAAUACCGAGUAAUUAUCCAUUGGAAAUGCCUCUUUGGAUUCUCAAUGUACACUGGAAUGGUUGUCAUACUUCUCAAAACAAUGCUGCCAUUAAGAUGAUGGAGUUCUGGACCAACUCGCUGCAACCCAAGCAGUUGGAGGCUAACGAGCGCAUUUUGUACGCCCAGUUAUUUCGCACUAUCUACAGCUUUGAUAUAUUCCUCGAAACAGAGGGCUCCAUGCAAAACACCGUCGAGUACAACAAGGAAAAGCCUUACAUAAGUGCCUUUGCCAAACGAAGCCGUUCUCGCCCGUACAAGUAUUUCAAAAAAGGAUCGGUGUACGCCUUUAAGCAGUGACGAUUUGAAAUCGAAUUUUGUACAAAGCUUCAAUGCAGUUACUAAACAUUUUCACAGUUCCAGUUUAUUACGUUUAGUAAUUUACUAAAUAAAUAACAUUUAAAACUA